GUUGUUGGGCAUUGCCAAUUGGGUGGUGUUGAUGUUGUGGUGCUCCUGAUUCUGGCAUUUCGGUUGCAUCUUUGAGAACACCCUGUGGGUGCCUAUUCGUUGCAUCCUGCGCUCUGGAUUGGGUGCGGCAGUAGGGAGCUUCUGGGGUUCGUGAUACGGGUCGGUUGAAUUUACUGAGAGAUUUUAAGCCGAACUUGCGACGGAAUUUACGGACAUACAUUAUUGAAGGGAGUUUCGGAGAAAUCGUUUUGCAGAGCUGCUGUCAGUCCUCGUAAAUUUUGAGGUCAAGUCGAGAGAGUAGGUACACCCACUUGCAUAAUCGUUCUCCAUCACGACAUGGCAGCCGUGGGCUUUGUUUUUGGAGUAAAGCCUGGUGCAGUAGAGCUUUGCCAAGGUUUAGGGUUGCCCCAGACAGUAACUGCUACAUCGAGGAGCUUGGACGGUUCUUGUUCCUUGCCGUCGGCGUUUGUAACUAUCUCCAAGUUACCACCUGUGUACACUGUUCUUCAAUCUUCUAGUUUAUCUCUUCGUUUAAGGACUGUAACUUCGUCGGCUGCAAUUACGAGCUUUUUCGACACCAGCUCAGAAAUCUCGAAGUUUGGGUUUAGUACAGGCAGGUUAUGGAGGGUCGAGCAUGGACCCAAUGUACGCGUCCAGUCUUUGGGAGCCACAGAGGAAGCGCACAUGCCAUUUGAGAAAGAUAGAAGGUCAUUAGAAACAACUUACUUCACAGAAACUAGUCCUCCUACUCCUCCCUCACGCAGCAGGGACAGAGCGGAUGAUUUAUCUUUGAACAAUCCUUUGCUUCGACAGCAUCGCCUAGGAUGCGGCUGGUUGGGUGUCGUAUUGGAAUGGGAGGGUGUUAUAGUCGAAGACGAUUCCGAGUUAGAAAGGAAAGCGUGGACUGCUCUAGCUGAGGAAGAAGGUAAGAGACCACCUCCGGCUUUCAUACUCAAAAGAGCAGAAGGUAUGAAGAACGAGCAGGCUAUAUCUGAAGUGCUUUGCUGGAGCAGAGACUUUCUUCAAAUGAAGCGCCUGGCUAUCAGAAAGGAGGAGCUCUACGAGGAGAUGCAGGGCGGUUUAUACAGGUUACGGCCUGGUUCUCGCGAGUUUGUACAGACUCUGAAGAAACAUGAAAUCCCUAUCGCGGUGGCCUCUACAAGACCAAGGAAGUAUUUGGAGAGAGCUAUUGAAGCAGUCGGCAUGGAGGGUUUCUUCAGUGUUGUUCUUGCUGCCGAAGAUGUCUACAGGGGUAAACCAGACCCCGAGAUGUUCAUGUAUGCAGCGGAGCGGCUUGGCUUCAUUCCUGAGCGUUGCAUCGUCUUUGGAAAUUCCAACUCUAGCGUUGAAGCAGCCCAUGAUGGUUGCAUGAAAUGUGUGGCUGUCGCAGGGAAGCAUCCCGUGUACGAAUUAAGUGCUGGAGACUUGGUUGUUCGCAGAUUGGACGAUUUGUCCGUGGUUGAUCUAAAGAACCUUUCAGAUUUGGAUUCACCCGAGUUUCAGAUCCCAGAACCAGAGCUGGAAUUGGAGGUAGAAGAGGAACGAACUCUCCCUCAGGUCACCACAAAAGAUUGGUAGAAUUAACAUGUGAAUUCUGGAGCAUCGUCAUUGAGAUGCUCAGUUGGGUGUAUAUCUAGAUAACAAAAAAAAAUUGUGAUCAUAUCAAAAAAAAUUGUACAGAAUAUUCUUCUGAUUCUUGUAAUAAACUUCAUUGCUACAAUUGUAUAUA